CCGUUUGACUGCUGAUAGCAAGAACAUCAAAGCCUCCAUGAGAUGUCACUCAAAAUCAACAUAAAUUACCAACCUCUUCAAGAUAUAACACACUUUCCAAUUUUGGUGGCUGGAGUCUUUGCAGAGAGAUUUCCAGAAACAAAGACAGAAGCAAUCAUUGUAAAAGCUAGAACUACAACUCGAUAGAAAAAUGGAGCAAGGAAACUACUUCUGCAUACAUCUCUUACUCUUACUUAUAGUGGUGGGCACUGAAUCGGCAAAAAUUCCACGUGACUGCACAGAGGUCAUUUCUCAAAACCGAAGAGCUGUUACGGGGCUUUAUGCCAUUCAGCCCACAGGAUCCCCUCUUCUUGUGGUCAACUGUAUCAUGAAAGGCAAAAGUGGCUGGACUGUGAUUCAAAGCAACAGCAGGGCUAGCAAAAUCAUCUGGACAGUUGGUUGGAUCAUUUACAAAUACGGCUUUGGUGAUGUGUUGACCGAUCAUUGGCUGGGUAAUGAGUACAUCUAUUUAAUGACAAAGCAGAAGGCAUAUAAGCUGAGAAUAGAAUUCAUAGACAAACGCAGACAUACCUUUUAUGCAGAAUAUGACACUUUUCAAAUUGACUCUGAGAGUGGUCGCUACACUAUCAGACUUGGUCCAUUCCGAGGAAAUGUUGCUGACCGUAUGACCGAGGCACGAGCUGGUCACAUAAUUGAUAAACAGAAAUUUAGUACACAGGAUUGUGAUUAUGAUAACGCUAGGGGUAAUUGUGCAACUAGUCAUGGAGGAUGGUGGUAUGAUAACUGUGGACUAUCAAGACUUAACGACAAGUACCCAUAUUGGUAUGGAAUAACUGUCCAGACUGUCAAGAUGAUGAUACUACCAAAAUAUUAACUGGGGUUUUGUAGCAAAAUCAUUGCUUGCAAUUAUGAUUUGUUUAACAAUCAGACUAAUAUCUCCACAUUAGGGAAAAUAAUUGCUAUCAUUACAUAAUCCCAAUAAACCCAAGCCAUUUGAUUCCAUUUUAGUACAAUGUUUCUAUACAAGUAAUCUGUUAGAGAACCUUAGAUAAGCAGCAGUCCAUGAAUUUUCCACUGCUACUUUCCUCAUUCAAAUCCAUCUAUCAUUGCAAUAAUAAUAGUAAUAAAUCUUCUCAGUGUACUACAUAUUUCUGCAGUGUUCAUGCAUUAUUAAUCUUCCACAAUUGAUCUUCUGUAAGCGACUCUAAGAAAUUGUGUAAUAAAGGUAUUUGUGAAUCCUUUUUGAAAAUCCAAGAUAUAAUGUAAGUUGGUGUAAUUUUUUCUUUUGAACUUUUUCAUGGUUUUCUGCAGAUUUGCUGCAUAUAUUCAUCAGAACUCUUACAUGUAAAAUUGAUUACUGUGAUCUUACUCAAUAAAUUAGCUUUAGCUGAAGAA